AUGAUGAAAGUUGAACGUCUUGGUACACCGAAUUUCGAUAAUAUGCUCUGCCAGCUUGCAAGCAGACAGCCUGGAACCAAGUUUCCCCUCGAUGGUUAUGAUAUAACCAUGGUCCCCGAUGAAACUCUGAUAGAACUCUUUAAAACGGCACCAUUGCUCCACGAUUACCAGGGAACACGCAUCGUGCGCCUCUCCCACACGCUUGUUCUCAAAGGGGGAGAACUUACGCGACCAUGUGAAGCAGAGAUCAUGCAGUUAGUUGAGGCGGAAACGUCAAUCCCGGUCCCUAAAGUUCAUCGAGUCCUCAAUACCAAGACACAAAACACCUUUUUCGGAUGCCAAUGUUACUUCGUCAUGGAUUUCAUUGAGAGCGACACUGUUCAGGAUUGCUGGGAGGGCUUGAGCCAGAAUCAGCGUGAAGAUAUUAUUUCCCAGGUGGCUUCUAUGUUUCUUGCUUUGCAGUCAGCUGAGGUACCCCAACAGCCAGGACCGGUAGCCUGUCAACUUUGCAAGGCCAAAGGGUGCUGGUUUAGUGAUAUAGGAGGGGGCCCAUUCAGGGAUAUUACAGCAAUGGAGGCUUGGUUUAACCGCAAACUUGAGAUUUGCCAAAGUUUCAAGCAAGCUCCAGAUACUGUUCCACUGUUCUCUAUUAACAAGCUGGUUCUUACACAUCAAGAUAUCGCACCCCGGAAUUUGAUACUAGAUCCCAAGGGUAAGGUAUGGCUGAUUGACUGGGGCGAUGCUGGGAUUUAUCCUGAAGGGUUUGAAUAUGCAGCAUUGGCUGUAAGAAGGUGGACCGCAGUUUUGUUUACAGAUAUGUUGUUUGAACGGAUCCCUAAAUAUCCGAUAGAGUGGCAAUUGUCACAGAUUAUGUAUGCAUUGACAACUGGGUAG